AUGGCUGACCCGGCCGCCUACGACGAUGAUGACGACGAGGAAGAGCCAUUCGACGUUGAAUAUUUUGAAGACAUGUCGCUCCGGAUUCGAAGUCUCUCCAAUGCUAUCUGGGUUACCGAGGAUCACACGCCUAAACUGGAUUCACCUCCAGAGAAGAGGAGUAUUUUUCGUGCGUAUAGCUGCCUUGCCACACUUCUCACCAGGGACUCUCGACAGCAUCAGCCUGUCGUGGUGACGGGAAACCAUAUUUUGGGUAGACCAGGGAACAAUCCUCUUGUAGAGACGGACUCUGCGGUCCCGAUUCCUCAGUUCAUGACUGCCUUCGUCGUAGUCGAUGACCGCUCUCGGUGGUCACAAUCGUCUCCGUCGCGCAAUGCUAUGGACAUUGAGCCACAGUUAUCACAGCCGUUGCACCGUGUUAUCAUCCAGCCUGGCGAAUCAGGUCUAGAAUAUUUUUCGGAGACUACAAUAUUGACACCCGACAUAACGUGCUACGCGGAAGACCUUAUGGAAAUCAUCUUUACACUUGCCAAUUCAAAAGACUCGGAGCGGCUCCUGAGGGCUUGUCGUUAUAUCUUCCGACAAUGCUGGCCUGACAUAUUCACUCGUAUCUUCGCCUCCGAAUCUGUGAUUCCAUUCAAUCACUACAUCUACAGCAGCUUUGUAAACUUCCUUCGGGCGUGGAAACCCCAACCUGAAGAUGAGAUGUGUAUUAUCGGGGAGACCGACGGCUGGGAAGCAAUCCAUAGGAAGAGUCUUCUCGCAAAGCUGCUGCAAUCAAAGGACAUUGAGAGAGACGAGAAUGUUUUCGAAGGACAGGAUGAAUAUGCAUUGACGCUGGAAACAGCGGGAGAAUGGUUCUCCAUUCUAUGCGAUAUCCUUGAGGCAAUCAUCGACAGCGCCCUGACGUUCGACGCCGACCGCAACGCCGACUAUGAACUCGACACCUUGAUCGAGGGCACGUCGGUUCUGACAGAAAUUCUUGACUGCGCAGGGAUCCAAAGAAUAUUAAAAGCACCGUCGCUAGCUUCGCAUCUGAUUUCUUGCGAGGGCCAGAUGGAUACUGAGAGUUUCGAACCUGACAAUAGGUCUGGACACAAGAACAUAGAUGACGAGAGGCGGGACGAUGAGUUACCAGGGGAGCACCUUCUACGCUAUCUGCAGACUUUGCUCGCCUGGUUUGAUUCGUUGGAUACCCUCGCUUCCAUUGUGGCGGAGCGCGCUGAGAACGAAGGCCUCCCGACACUCCGUAUCGUCUAUUCUUUCCAGCCGGCGACUCGCAACAUGGAUCCGGCGUCGGCAAGACCUCUGCUGAUGUACUCUCCAGCGAUGUCCAUCAGGUUUCUCUUGGAACAAGAGGACUAUGAUCCCUUGACAAUGGACGAAAAACCCAGAGUGUGGAGCGAGGAGCAACUACAGGACAUACUCGAAGCUGUUGAGAAAUUGUUUCCCCAGCCCGGUGACAGAUACCAGAACUUCAUCGGGGGUGUGCAUUCGGAGGCGCUGCUAAUGGACUACCUCGGUGAAACUAUGUGGAGACACUUUGAUUGGGAUAAUACAUAUGGUUUCAAGGAGUCGAACAGGAUCGUUGCCCUUCCAUUGCAUCACCAAACAUGUUACUGCUGCAGCUUCCUGUAUAGCUUUUUGUUGUGUAAACCAGUGCAUCCUAUGAACGUUCGGACACGGAGGUUUCCUGGACGUUUGAUUCCCUGGACACCCCCUCCGCUUUUGCAUAAUAGUGACGCAUUGAAUGCGCUGUAUGGUCAUUUGUUGGACAUGAUUGAGACCAUUCUGAAUUCGGCUGUUAGGUCGAAGACACCUACCAUGGAGGGGUUCAGGCUCGGGGAAGUCAAUCAGUUAUUGGGUGGUAUCCUGAGGGAGACAUGA